AUGGCCGCCAUUUCUGGUAGUAUACUGUCGGAACAUCCGAGAUACCAUUACUUCAACUGCGUUAAACUAACACAUUCACUAGACAAUCUGGGCCUCUGUGGUAUCAGUAAGCAGCUGAGAUACAGCCAUAAAAGAUGUCAACUACCCACUCGAGUGAAUAUAUCGUUCGCAAAGGAUCAUGACCUAGCGCUAGGUGGUACGUGGGAGUGGUGGGAUAUGUGGGCUAAAACCAGCCAUUCAGGAUGGCAGCAAGCUGCAGGCAUUCAGUUACAUGUGCCUAGCAACCGAGAGCCUCCACAAGAUCGAUAUCUGGUGAUCGUGGUUGUUCGAAUCGAGAGGCCGACCACACCUCGCUCGACUACCAAAGUGUUGUCCUUCCGUCGCGGAACCGAGAAAAUGCGUCGUUGUACCCAGCGGAGGCGAUGCGGUGAACCUCGAGUGUCGCUGCGAAACACAGCACUGCAUCCUUCGAGAAUGUGGCUGAAAGGAUUUCUCCUUCUCUUGAAGGGUAUAUGUCCGAGAAGAAGAAAAGAGUUGGCAAUGUGCUGCUCAGUUGCUCCUAUUCACAUGCAUAUGGCGUGUUAUGUCAAGUUGGUCUCUGCCUUCUCUCCUCUUGUCUUGCUACUGAGUGGUUAGUACCUAUCAGGGUAUUUCCAUGGGGUAAAGAGAUCUCUUGACCAGGCUCUCGGGUACCGUUACCCUUCAAGGCGCCAUUCGACGAUUCCAGGUUCUUUGGAGAGUUGUCCACUGAGAGCCGCCCCAUCAAGUUGUUUAAAACCCCUGAGGCAGUAAGUGUCAGAUUCCAGGGUAGCAUUCUACCCAGAUAUAGGUUAGAUGCCAGAGUCCCAGCCACCUGAUUUACAGGUCUUGGCAAAUAUAGGUUACCCCCAGAACCCCCAGACCUUCUAGAGUAGA